GCCCGGGAGGAGGCGGUGCGCGGCCGCCUCGCGUGGGUGCCGGAGCCGCCCGGAGCCGUGGAGCCAGCAGCCCAGGUCGCCGAGCACACGACACGUCGGGUUUUGCAGGAAACCCGCAGUGAUCACAGGUGCCCAGACACCAUGCCACAACCCUGCAGAACUGACAUUGCCAGGAAGUAGAAGACUUCCUUGUUUCCUCUGUCCCCCAUCCUCACCAUGUCUUCGACUCAGGGCAGUGGGGAACACUGGAAGUCACUGGAGUCUGUGGGCAUCAGCCGCAAAGAGCUGGCCAUGGCCGAAGCCCUGCAGAUGGAGUAUGAUGCUCUGUCCCGGCUUCGGCACGACAAGGAGGAAAGCAGAGCCAAGCAGAACACAGACCCCUCUCUCAUCAGCUGGGAUGAGCCCGUCCUAGACUUCUACAGCAAGCCAGCGGGAAGGCGGAAGGACCUCAAGCUCUUACGUGGUCUUUCUGGCUCUGAUCCUACCCUCAAUUACAACUCGCUCUCCCCACAGGAAGGGCUGCCCAACCACUCUACCUCCCAGGGCUCCCAGCCUGGCCCAGAUCCCUGGCCCAAAGGCUCCCUGGCCGGAGACUAUCUCUACAUUUUUGAUGGCUCAGAUGGGGGGCUCUCUUUGUCCCCAGGACCGGGGGACACAGAUGACUCUUUUAAGAAACUGUCCCCACCUCCUCUGCCUCCCCGAGUCUCUAUCUGGGACACUCCUCCCCUGCCUCCCAGAAAGGGGUACCCCUCAUCCUCCAAGAUCCCCCAGCCCGAUGACAUCAACACUUUUUCUUUGGUCGAACAACCUCCAGGCAAACUGCUGGGGCAUCGGCUCCUAGAAGAGGAAGAGGAGCUGGGAGGUGGGGGUCCAGGGCGCCUACUGGGGUCCAUGGACUACGACGGUAUCAAUGAUGCCAUUACACGGCUCAACUUGAAGUCGACCUAUGAUGCAGAGAUGCUGCGGGACGCCACCAGGGGCUGGAAGGAGGGCCGGGGACUCCUGAACUUUGGCAAGGACACUCCUGGAAAGCCUGUGGCCCGCAGCAAGACCAUGCCCCCUCAGGUGCCCCCCCGCACCUACACCUCCCGCUAUGCCAACCGGAAAAAUGGGACACCUGGCAAGAAUCUCCAGAUUUCUGCAGCUCCGGUGGGCUCCCGGCCCCACGCCGUCGCCAAUGGCCAUGAGUUGUUUGAGGUCUCGGAGGAGAGAGAUGAGGAAGUUGCCGCGUUCUGCCACAUGCUGGAUGUCCUCCGAUCUGGCUCUGAUGUCCAAGACUACUCCCUCACUGGGUAUGUCUGGAGCACUGUCACCCCAAGCCCGGAGCACCUCGGGGAUGAGGUUAACCUGAAGGUGACCGUGUUGUGUGACAGCCUGCGGGAGCCACUCACUUUUACCUGCAACUGUUCCUCCACUGUAGACUUGCUCAUCUACCAGACCCUGUGCUAUACCCAUGAUGAACUGAGGGGUGUCGAUGUGGGUGACUUCGUGCUAAAGCCCUGUGGGCUGGAGGAAUUCCUGCAGAACAAGCACGCCCUGGGCAGCCACGAGUAUAUUCAAUACUGUCGAAAGUUUGACAUCGACAUUCGGCUACAGCUGAUGGAGCAGAAAGCUGUACGCAGUGACCUGGCCCGGACGGUGAAUGAUGACCAGAGCCCCUCCACCUUGAACUACCUCAUCCAUCUGCAAGAGAGGCCAGUCAAGCAGACCAUCAGCAGGCAGGCCCUGAGUCUUCUGUUUGACACUUACCACAAUGAGGUGGAUGCCUUCCUGUUGGCUGAUGGGGACUUUCCACUGAAGGCCGACAGGGUGGUCCAGUCCGUCAAGGCCAUCUGCAACGCCCUAGCCGCUGUGGAAACCCCGGAGAUCACCAGCGCUCUCAACCAGCUGCCCCCCUGCCCUUCCCGAAUGAAGCCUAAAAUUCAGAAGGAUCCCACCGUCUUGGCUGUGAGGGAAAACCGAGAGAAGGUGGUGGAAGCCCUGACAGCUGCCAUCUUGGACCUGGUGGAGCUGUACUGCAACACGUUCAAUGCAGACUUCCAGACAGCCGUGCACGGGAGCCGCAAGCAUGAUCUGGUCCAGGAGGCCUGCCAUUUUUCUGGGCCCCUGGCCUUUACGGUCUAUGCCACCCACCGCAUCCCCAUCAUCUGGGCUACCAGCUAUGAAGAGUUCUACCUCUCCUGCUCCCUCAGCCAUGGCGGCAAGGAGCUGUGCAGCCCCCUGCGGACCCGAAGGGUUCACUUCUCCAAGUACCUCUUCCACCUCAUCAUCUGGGACCAGCAGAUCUGCUUCCCUGUGCAGGUGAACCGGUUGCCUCGGGAGACCCUGCUGUGUGCUACUCUCUAUGCUCUGCCCAUCCCCCCACCCGGGAGCUCCUUGGAGUCCAAUAAGCAGCGGCGGGUGCCCGAAGCCCUGGGCUGGGUCACUGCUCCGCUCUUCAACUUCAGGCAAGUCCUGACCUGUGGCCGGAAGCUUCUGGGCUUAUGGCCAGCAACACAGGAAAGCCCCAGUACCCGUUGGAGUGCACCUAAUUUCCAUCAGCCAGAUAGUGUCAUCCUGCAGCUGGAAGGGACUUUAGCGAUCACCAAGUCCAACAAGGUUAAUUUACAGACAAAGAAUCUGAGGAUUGACUUUCCCACCUCGGCCUUCGACAUCAAGUUCACCAGCCCCGCUGGAGACAAGUUCAGCCCCCGCUAUGAGUUUGGCAGCCUCCGGGAGGAAGACCAACACGUGCUUAAAAACAUCAUGCAGAAGGAGUCGCUGUACUGGCUCACUGAUGCGGACAAAAAGAGCCUGUGGGAGAAGCGGUAUUACUGCCACUCGGAGGUGAGCUCACUGCCCCUGGUGCUCGCUAGCGCCCCCAGCUGGGAGUGGGCUUGCCUGCCCGACAUCUACGCGCUCCUGAAGCAGUGGACCCACAUGAACCACCAGGAUGCCCUGGGGCUCCUGCAUGCCACGUUCCCAGACCAGGAGGUGCGUCGUAUGGCUGUUCAGUGGAUUGGCUCCCUCUCUGAUGCUGAGCUGUUGGACUACUUGCCCCAGCUUGUGCAGGCCUUAAAGUAUGAGUGCUACCUGGACAGCCCCUUGGUGCGCUUCCUCCUGAAACGAGCUGUCUCUGACUUGAGAGUGACUCACUACUUCUUCUGGUUGCUGAAAGACGGCCUCAAGGACUCUCAGUUCAGCAUCCGCUACCAGUAUCUGCUGGCAGCCUUGCUGUGUUGCUGUGGCAAGGGGCUGAGAGAGGAGUUUAACCGCCAGUGCUGGCUUGUCAGUACCCUGGCCAAGCUGGCCCAGCAGGUCCGGGAGGCUGCCCCGUCUGCACGGCCGGGGAUUCUCCGCACGGGCCUGGAGGAGGUGGGGCAGUUUUUUGCCCUCAACGGCUCCUGCCGCCUGCCGCUUAGCCCCAGUCUGCUGGUUAAGGGCAUCGUGCCCAGGGACUGUUCCUACUUCAACUCCAAUGCAGUCCCCCUCAAGCUCUCCUUCCAAAAUGUGGAUCCGCUGGGCGAGAACAUCCGUGUCAUCUUCAAGUGUGGGGACGACCUUCGCCAGGACAUGCUGACUCUGCAGAUGAUUCGCAUCAUGAGCAAGAUCUGGGUCCAGGAGGGGCUGGACAUGCGCAUGGUCCUCUUCCGCUGCUUCUCCACUGGCCGUGGGAGAGGGAUGGUAGAGAUGAUCCCCAACUCUGAGACCCUGCGCAAGAUCCAGGUGGAGCACGGGGUGACCGGCUCCUUCAAGGACCGGCCCCUAGCCGACUGGCUGCAGAAGCACAAUCCUGGGGAGGAUGAGUACGAGAAGGCUGUAGAGAACUUCAUCUAUUCUUGUGCUGGCUGCUGUGUGGCCACGUACGUCUUGGGCAUCUGUGACCGUCACAAUGACAACAUCAUGCUGAAGACGACUGGCCACAUGUUCCACAUAGAUUUUGGCCGUUUCCUGGGCCACGCCCAGAUGUUUGGGAACAUCAAGCGGGACCGUGCCCCCUUUGUCUUCACCUCGGACAUGGCGUAUGUCAUCAACGGGGGUGACAAGCCUUCCAGCCGCUUCCAUGAUUUUGUUGACCUUUGCUGCCAAGCCUACAACCUCAUUCGCAAGCACACCCACCUCUUCCUCAACCUUCUGGGCCUGAUGUUGUCCUGUGGGAUCCCUGAGCUCUCAGACCUGGAAGACCUCAAGUAUGUGUAUGAUGCCCUGAGGCCUCAGGACACAGAGGCCAAUGCCACUACCUACUUCACCAGGUUGAUUGAGUCCAGCCUCGGCAGUGUAGCCACAAAGCUCAAUUUUUUCAUUCAUAACCUGGCUCAGAUGAAGUUCACAGGCUCAGACGACCGGCUGACCCUUUCCUUUGCUCCCCGAACACACACUCUCAAGAGCUCUGGCCGCAUCAGUGAUGUGUUUCUCUGCCGCCACGAGAAGAUCUUCCACCCCAACAAAGGCUACAUUUAUGUGGUAAAGGUGAUGCGAGAGAAUGCUCACGAGGCCACUUACAUCCAGAGGACAUUUGAGGAGUUCCAGGAAUUACACAACAAGCUGCGGCUGCUCUUCCCUUCUUCCCUCCUGCCCAGCUUCCCUAGUCGCUUUGUGAUUGGCCGCUCACGGGGAGAGGCGGUGGCGGAGCGACGGAGGGAGGAGUUAAAUGGCUACAUCUGGCACUUGAUUCACGCAGCCCCUGAGGUGGCCGAGUGUGAUUUGGUGUACACCUUCUUCCACCCCCUGUCCCGGGAUGAGAAGGCUGCGGGCACCAGCCUGGCUCCCAAGUCCUCAGAUGGCACAUGGGCCCGGCCGGUUGGGAAGGUUGGGGGAGAGGUGAAGCUGUCCAUCUCCUACAAAAACAACAAACUCUUCAUCAUGGUGAUGCAUAUUCGGGGCUUGGUUGGGACAUUAGUCUGUAGCAGGAGGUACAUGAACUUUGGAAUCAGAGAGAUCUGGGUUUCACUCUUACAGAAUCAUUCAUUCAUUUUAUUCAACAAAUCUUCAUCAACUGCCUACUAUGUGCCAGGCACUGAUACAUUGGCUCUGGAUACAAGGGGGUUAUUGGAUCAAAAAAGACAAAAGAUAUUGGGCAGAGAUAUCUGGGGACAUGAUGGUUCAUUCAGAACAGACCAAGUUAUGGCGUGCCCUGAGCAUUCGUAUACAAGGUAUAGACUGGAUAUCAUAGGCAAUCUGAUUGAUGUUUUAGGAGGACACCUUAACGUUACCAUGCAGCUGCUCCAGGAUGGGAAUGAUCCCGACCCCUAUGUCAAGAUUUACCUCCUUCCCGACCCUCAGAAAACCACUAAGAAGAAAACCAAAGUGGCCCGAAAAACGUGCAACCCCACCUACAAUGAGAUGCUGGUAUAUGAUGGAAUCCCCAAGGGAGACCUGCAGCAGCGGGAGCUACAGCUGAGUGUGCUGAGUGAGCAAGGAUUCUGGGAGAACGUUCUGCUGGGGGAGGUGCACAUCCGCCUGCGAGAGCUGGACCUGGCCCAGGAGAAGACCGGCUGGUUCGCACUGGGAUCUCGAAGUCAUGAGACCUUAUGAGCCCAGCGGAGCCGUGGCCCAGGACCCCAGGCUCAUGGCAGAGCGGGGGGAGAGGACUCUCCCUGCUUGACUUGUCCCUUCCUUGUGUAGGGGCAGGGCCCCUGGUGGGGCCUCCCUCUGUCCCGGCGGAUCGGGCCUCCAGGGUAGGAGGCAAGGAGAGUAGAGAUGCUCUCUGCUAUCCGCUCCUCUGCAGACUGCGUUUAGGUUGGUUGUGAUGAGCAGCCCCUUGGAGGCUGUGAGGGUGCAGCAAAGUUUUAAGUUUACCUUGUGUCAAGGGAGCAAUGCCUGGUUUGAGGUGUGUGGGGUGGGCUGUAGAAGUAGAAUUUGGGGGGAGGGUGGGUGGAUAUCUUUAUUUUUAUUUUUAAAAAAUGAAAUAGUAACGUUGUCCUAACUGGACAGGAAGCCUUGUGAGAAGGGACUUACAUGUGCCUCAGAAGGCAAAAGAGGAAUUGGACUUUUUGUAUGAUUGAGGUUCUUAUUGGACUUUUCCCUAGGAUUUUGUUCGUUUGUUGUUUUUGCAUUUCUAUCUAUAGGAAUUAUUUGGGGAGGGGCCCAGUGGGCCCUCAGUUAGUGCCCUCCGUCUCUGAGGCAGGUCAGGAGGGACAGGGAGGGCUGCGUGUCCUGGACUGAGGCCUGCGCCACUGGGCCUUUCUGAUUUUGCCUCCAAAGGAGAGCGAUUUGAUACCUACAUGUGUAAGGAAGGGCCUUCCGUAUGGAGGUCUGCAGAGGACCUGUGUUCAGGGACCUGGGCUCUUUUGGGGGGAGUUUUUCCUCUCGUCUUCCCCUACUUUGCUAGGACUUGCCCUGAAUACUGUCUUCUACCCCUCCAUUCAGCUCUUCUGGGGGUCAUCUGGUCCCUGUGAAUAUGCCUGGGUGCUCCCCCAUAGGUCUCUCCCUUCAUUUUUCUCUGGUGGGAUAAACUGCUGCCUCGGCCCUUAGGUUUGGUUUCACCCCAGGGUGUCUUGGCCCUAGGAAUGGGCCUCUAGGCUGCAGAUGCCAGCGUGGCUGGCUGUUGGGUGGUUUCUGGGAAGCUUUCCUCGUCACCCACCACUCCUUUUGUUUUGCUGCUUCUCUCCCAAACUCCAUUUCUGUCACAUUUUUUUAAUAAGAAUUUCUCUCAUUCUAUGGGGCCAUAAACCUAUUUUGUCUGGAGCCAAAGGGAUGCCCCAGCUGAAGAAAAGGGGUGCGGGUGGGGGAUCCCAUCAAAACUGUUGUUUUUUCCAGUGAUUUUCUUUGGUUGUGAGGAGGCUGGAUUGAGCUGAGCUGGAAGGGAGAGACUGGGUCUCUGAUCUCUUAAUACUCUUCAUUCCCUACCAAAUGGAUUUGAAAUUCACUCAUGCGCUUUACUUCGAAAGGUUGUCUUCCUUGAAAAAAGGGGAGACUUUAAAUUUGAUAUUAACUUUCUAAAUUGGCUGGUUGUGCCUGGUGAUUGGGGAAUGGAGUUAAGUGGGGAUACGAUGUAGACUGGCCCUUCCCAGCUCCAAGGAUCAGAAAUUCCCCCUUUCGCCGACUCAUUCCAUAACUGGAGAAAGAAGCUCCAUUCAUUGAAGCCACAGAGCAGCAAGGAAGUUUAAACUUUAAAAUUAAAAAUGUCAAGGAUAAAGCUGGCUGCUGUGGGCAGGGGUUAGGGGAGUGGAGAACAGAGGUGGAACUUCUCUAGAUGAAUGGACCAGAGAUGUGUUACUGGC